AUUAUAUUGAGAAUGACUGAUACUAAAGGAUCAAUGGUGGCUCCAUUAUCUAAAUAUAAAUUAGUAUUCUUAGGAGAUUAGUCUGUAGGGAAAACUUCAAUAAUAAAUCGUUUUAUGUUUGAUACAUUUGAUGGUAAAGAUCAUGUAAUACAGUUUGAAUAUUCAAGCCUACAGUUGGCAUUGAUUUUAUAUCUAAGACCCUCUACUAUGAGGAUAGAACCAUUCGUCUUUAAUUAUGGGAUACUGCAGGAUAAGAGAGAUUCAGAUCACUUAUACCAAGUUAUAUUAGAGAUAGUGCUGUUGCUGUAGUUUGUUAUGAUGUUGAGGGUAAAUUAUGAUAAUAGAAAGUGAAAUAAUCAUUUGAUAGUGUUGCAAAAUGGAUUGAAGAUGUACGACUAGAAAGAGGGAAUGAUGUAAUAAUUUUUUUAGUGGCCAACAAGAUUGAUCUUGAAAAUAGGUAAUGAUUUGCAUAAUAAUGGUAAGAGUUGUAUCCACAGAGCAAGGAUCUACUUUAGCUAAGGAACAAGAUGCUCAUUUUAUCGAAGUUAGUGCAAAAUCUGGAAGCAAUGUUGAGUUACUAUUUAAAUAAAUUGCAGCCACACUUCCAGGUACUGAAACAUCUUAAAUGGUUAAUUCUGUUGUUAAUAAUCCAACAUAAUGUAUUACUAUUUGUAUAUUCAUAAGCAAAUAAUAUAAAAAUAGAAAACACAAAAAAUUAAGAUUAGGAAACGAAUGAUAAAAAGUCAUGUUGUUGA